AUUCACGAGUAGAAUCGAAGUUCACAGUGGGCCUGAAGGGCUAACGCAGUCUCUCUCUGAUGAGGACGGCGACGACGAUGACUUGGCACUUGCUGCUGGAGGCCGUCCAACAGAUGGAGGAGCACGGGCCCAGCUCCUUUCUACCGUUGCCACGAUACUCGAAAAGCUUCAGGAAGACAGUCAACAAGUAGACCGGACGGGAGGCUCCGCCCGGACGAGUGGAAAAGGCAAGAAGACUUCAUCUUCAGGGAGAUUGCAAUUUAUGGCGCUCGCAGUUUAUGCCGGUGACUGGGGACACCAGGGGGUCUUGGAACUCUUUGAAAUGGCCGCCGCAAUUUGUCGAGAUAUAUACAACAACGCAUCUUCGUCUGAGCCAGAGGAAGAAAGUAACGCACAGUGCAAAAAGCGCCUCGAAAGCAUGAUGAACCGCACGACCAAUGAUCUGCUUUCGCACUAUGGUGACAAGAUUAAGGGAGAGAUUGCCACAGCGUUUGUUGAAAAUUUCCGACCGACACUGCUUCUCAACAUGCAACAACUGGAGCAACAACGUCGUGAAGAGACCCUGAGCGACAGUGACAAGUCUUCCGGAACUGGAACAGCUGGAGGAGGCUCUGACCCUCUGAGCAGUGGCAGUAGCACUUCUUCUAUCACUAACGUGGUCGGCCCGCUUUUCGGAUAUGAUGACUCUUACUCCUUGGCGCAGGCGCUUACGACAAUAGAGGGCGGUGCUGAGAGCCUGGAAAAAGCGGAAGCAGUCUAUGUGGUGAUUGACGAAGCGCAAAACUUAUCCGAGAUGGCUUUGCUGUGGUACGUUGAAGUCGCCCAGAAGUAUCCCGCAGUCCGUUUGAUCUUUGCGUUCGAUCGCGCCCAGCAGGUCGGCACGAGCGGUCUGAAUGACAAGGGCCUCUUCAUCAAAAGCCUUGUGAGCAACCACCCUACUUUCAACGGGGGUCGACUUCCCCUUGGACAAGAACCUGAAACCAGGACGCACGACUCGCAUCUGGGUGACCGGAUUCAAGAAAUCAAGCUUACAGAGGUCUGGCGGUCCCCACCUGACGUCCUGGAGUUGGCCAAUGCGGUACUAGAAAAGAGGGACUUACUCUUGCGCGGAACUACAAGUAAGACAGAGACACUAGUAGCAGCUGGCGAGGACUGUGCUUCCGG